CCCAUCAUGGUUAGGAAGUCCCUCACAUAUUAAUAUAGUUCAUUUACGUUUACACAUGUGUCGGAGGGUCAAAGCAUUACCAUUGCUCGGGCAACUAUCUUAUCUUAAAGAACUAUACAUCAAAGGUCUAAAUGCAAUAUGCACGGUAGGGUAUGAAUUUUAUGGAACUAAAAGCCCUUUUCCAUCCUUAAUAACUUUGGAAUUCGAGGACAUGCCAUUGUGGGAGGACUGGUCUCAUUGUGUCGGCAGUGAAGAAGUAGGAGUUAUAUUCCCUCGUCUUGAGCAUCUCGUCAUUCGGGAUUGUCCUAUAUUGAUUAGAAGAUUGCCUAGUCAACUAAGCUCUCUCAAAAAGUUGGAAAUCAACUCCUGUCCCUGUAUGGAUGCAUCGUCCUCUAUUAUUAGCCUUCCAUCCCUCAAUGAAUUAAACUUUGGAGGUUGUAAUGAGGGGGUGCUGAAGAGUUUGGGAAACCUGACAUCUCUAACCGCUCUUGUCAUACAAGAUGUUGCUGAAAUAACUUGCUUAAAUCAUGGGUCUACAAGCUCCUGGAUCAAGCUGGAGAAGUUGGAGAUGAAAUGUUGUAAAAACUUGAUGUACUUGUGGCAAGAUGGAGAUGUAAUUCAGAAUCUUGCUUGUCUGAAGAGUUUAGUCAUCGAAAGUUGUCCUGAAUUCAUAUCUUUUAUAGUUGGAGAAGAAGAUAUAGAGUUGCCUAACAACUUGGAGACUAUGAAUUUGCGGAAUUGCAUCAAUUUAAAGAAGCUCCCAAGUAAGAUUCACACCCUCUCCUCUCUUAGAGACUUCACUGUCCAUGGGUGUCCAAAACUUGUAUCCUUCCCCGAAGCAGGUAUGCCAAUGUCGAUGAUAUCAUUAAAUAUCAACAAUUGCAAGAUGUUGCAAUCAUUACCCAGAGGAUUAAAUGUUCAUACGGAUGAACCAAGCAGCAGCAACAGCAAUAACCAUAGUGACGUGACGUCUUGUUUGCAAGAAUUAAUAAUCUUCAGAUGCGAUUCUUUGCCAACCUCUCUAUUCAGCAGGGGUAGAUUCGCACCCGCAACCCUCAAGAAACUUGAAAUUGAGUCAUGUAGUGGAGUGGAGUUGCUUGCGGAGAAACUUGUAGACCGUCUUCAGUCAAUUGAAGAGAUCAGAAUUUCGUCUUGCGAUAAUUUAAGAAGCUUACCGCAGGGCCUACACAUGCUGUCCCAUCUCACUUCCUUGAUAUUGUGCUGUUGUCCUACACUUGAGCUGGAGUGCUUCCCUCCUCUUCCUUCCGGCAUCUCAAGUGUUUGUCUUCAUGAAUGUCCAAAAAUAAAAUCGUUACCUAAUCGGUUACAUCGACUUACAUAUCUCCGAGAUUUGACAAUAGCCUGGUGUGAAAGUAUUACGUGCUUCCCUGAUGGAGGAUUGCCACCCCAGCUACAAAGACUUGCAAUAUGGGGAUGCGAGAAUAUGAAGCAGCCAGUGAGGGAGUGGCUUACCCCCCUCACCUCCCUUCAGUGGCUCGAGAUCGGUGACACCUUGGGAGGAGCGGGAGCGGAAGAGGACCUUGUGCUUCCGCUCCCUUUCUCUCUGCUCGAUCUCCGUAUCUGGGAUAUGGGGAAUGUAAAAAGAUUGUCCACCAGUCUCCCUCCCUCUCUCCUGUUCUUAUGGAUCAUCAAUUGCCCAAGUUUGAGGAAGUUGCCCCAAGAUGGCCUCCCUCCCUCCUUAGAACAACUCUGGAUCUUCAGUUGCCCGAUUCUGGAGGAGCGAUGCAAGAAAGGGACCGGCUGCUAUUGGCCCCUCAUCCGCGAAAUCCCGCUAGUUACAUUGAGUGGUGAGUCUAGAGACGCACUCGAAUCAAUUACUUAAAAAAGGAGAUUUGGACUCGAAUAAUUCUACAUGGAAGAGAUUAGAGUAUUUAAAUUAUCCGAGAGCCUUGGCUCUUUACGAAGGAGAGGGAGAGGAGAGGGAGAGGGGUUCGUAUUUUUAAUUUUAUGAUUGGGAAGCUGACGACAGCUGAAGCUCUCCGCGAACUCGGAACUUUUUGCACUCGACACACACAAGAUAGCUCCAUCGGAGUCGCAGCCGUGGAGCACUCGUGCAAGGCAAACGACCUCCCACGAGCCAGCUAGCGCCGGGCCUUUCGAGUAUGGCCGUGUCGUUUUUUGGCUCUGGGGCCUUGUUCGGGCUUUUGGAGCGUUUCCUGUCUUUGUUCGUUCCAUUGUUUUUGGGGAUCCAGCUCAUCAGCAAUUGGAGAUCGAUUGCGUGAUCGGGGAGCGCCAUAGGGGGGGGAGCUCUUGCCUGGAUCAUUCCGGACCUGCUGCCGCACCUGCAGUUGUCCUUAUUCCCGGGGUCGCAAGGCGAAGUUCGUGGGCAUAGUCCAUAAGACUUUCUUUGCCAUUGCCUCGUCGGUAUCAAGUCUAGGAGGAGAAGAUGCUGAAGGGGGGGACCCGGGAUGUUAGAUUGCCACUCAUUGCAGAGACGAAGGGGAGAUGCCACUGCAGGCUCUGUUCUUAAGAUCUCGACUUUCUGUGGAGACUCUUUCCAUGAUUAGAGUCGGUUCUUAAAUUGCUUGCGGGAAGGAGCAUUUGGUAGAAGUGGAAGGAACUUGACAUCAACUUUCUGUCUGCAUUUACCAAUACAUGUUGGCUUGUGUACAGACACGAAUGAAGGCGUUUCGCAUCCUGGAUAGCACUCAAAGAAAUCUUGGCACGUUGUUCAUUUUGAUAACUAUUCGUAUACCACUUCAUGGAAUCAAAGAUGCAAAUCCCUGGAGUUGCUGGUUGGAAAAGUUUAAAGGAUGCCAUGAGAAAGGAAUGGCGCUUUCACCAGAUGAAGCUCAAGUGUGGCUUCGACCAAGUUUAACGAUGUGCGGAGCUGAUAUGUCACGGACAAUACUUGCGUGUUCAGCGUGGAGGUUUUCAUGACGAGGGAAAAGAGCACUGGCGAAGGAGAGAAUCUGUUGAUGGUAAAGGACAUGAUCAGUCAGAAGCACACCUGGAAGGUCGACAACUGCUUGAGAUUGGACAAGGAAUUCUCCGAGUUGAAAGUAUUUGUAGCUGGGAACCAGAAUGGUAUUGCUCUCAAUGUUCCUGAUAUAGGCAUGCACUAAAUAAUGGAUGUUAAUCUCCUCUGCUCACUUGCCUCUUGAUAUUUUCCUAACUGAUCAUGGACAACAAAGAACUAUCUUGACAAGUAUUUCUCAGGGAAGUUUCUUCGAUCGGUCUUUUGCUUGAUGGUUUAUAAACAUGGACAUUGCACA